CCGUCGCCGCUCCGCCGCUGAUUACUGGCGUUACGGAGCAGGAAAGCGCCGCUCUAAUGUGUCACAGCUAGCGAAGCUCAGCCUGGAGGACGAGCAGGAUGUAAAUACAGGAUAAAACGCGAGAUUGUGGAUCUUUAACCGGCGCAGGAGCGGAUUAAUCUGCGUGUAAACCGGAGCAGUCUGUCUGGAGUCCCACUGACGUUUCGGAUUGGUUAUUUGGACGACUCCAGCAUGUGGUUCUCCAUCUUCAGCCCUGCAGAGCUUCAGCAUUGCAGUGUGUGAUGAUGUCCUACAUGCAGCAGAUUAGUAAAGGCAGAAGGCAGAUAAACCAGUCCCUGGACAGCAGUGUCCUGUUGCAGCAGAGAGGAGAUGUGACUAUAUAAAGAUGUUGGCAGAGGAUGAAACGCCAACAGUUCCGUUGCAGUUAAACUAAUAUAAAAGUGAUGCCACCCGGCACAAGCUGCGACUGUCCGCACCUGGAGUGCGUCGGAGAGAUCACUAAAGAGGAACUCAUCCAGAAAUCUCAUGGCCAGUGCCAGGACUGCAAAGUCGGGGGACCAAACCUCUGGGCCUGUCUGGAAAAUGGCUGUUCAUAUGUUGGCUGUGGAGAAUCUCAUGCUGACCACAGCACCGUCCACUCUCAGGAGACGCGGCACAACCUGACUGUAAAUCUGACUACGCUGAGGGUGUGGUGCUAUGCCUGCGCCAAAGAGGUCUUCCUGGACAGGAAGCUUGGGCCUCCCAACCUGCUGCCCAGUGCUGUCAAACCCAUCUCCCCUCUGCAGACCCCCAGCCAGGAACCUGCAGCUCCAGGCAGCCCAACAUCUCUGAGGGUUCCCCCAGCUGGAGCCUGCGAGGACCUGGAUAUGGAGACUGAGGAGGAGGAUGACUUGAGGACCAGAGGUCUGACUGGGCUAAAAAACAUUGGCAACACCUGCUACAUGAAUGCUGCCCUACAGGCCCUCUCCAACUGUCCUCCCCUGACGCAGUUCUUCCUGGAGUGUAAUGGUCUGGUCCGGACGGAUAAGAAGCCGGCUCUGUGUAAAAGCUAUCAGAAACUGAUCACAGACCUGUGGCACAAAAACAGGCCUUCCUUUGUCGUCCCCACAAAUCUGUUCCAGGGCAUCAAAGCUGUCAAUCCCAUGUUUCGCGGAUACUCCCAGCAGGACUCUCAGGAGUUCCUCCGAUGUCUGAUGGAUCAGCUGCAUGAGGAGCUGAAGGAGCCAGUAGUGGAGCCCGAGGACCAAAGUCCAACAGUGAGCGUGGACGACAGCCCGGACGAAGACGAACGCAGUCGCUCAGAAAGCGAUUUCCAGUCCUGCGAGUCUUGCAGCGCCGACAGCGAGGGUCCCCGAGCUCCAGAGGAACCGGAUGAGGCAGAGAUGUUGAUUCCGGACGAGGAGAAGGCUAACAGAGAGUGGCAGAAAGAAAAGAACCUCAUUAACAAUCUGUACCGUGCUGGAUCCCACGGUGACCUGGACAAGGACGUUGACACAACUAAUGAAAGCAGGACCAUAAUUAGCAGCCAGGGGGCCAUCAAGCAGGGCAAGACUGCAGAUUCCAACCCUGAGAUCCAGGUCAGCAACAAUGCCCGUCCCCAGAGCCCGAGUGCCAACGAGGUAAUCGCUCUCAAACUGUCCAGCAGUCCCCCAAAAUCCACCCCCAUGUGGCCUAGCUUGAGCUCAGCUCACAAGAAAGUGACCUCGUUUGCACCUCCAAAGAGCAAGCGCCAGAGGAAGCAUCGCAGCGUCAUCUCUGACGUGUUUGACGGCACCAUCGUCAGUUCCGUGCAGUGCCUGACCUGCGACAGGGUGUCUGUGACCCUGGAGAACUUUCAGGACAUCUCACUGCCCAUCCCAGGGAAAGAGGACCUGGCCAAGCUGCACUCAGCUUCCCAUCAGACUGCCCUGGUGAAGGCGGGGUCCUGUGGCGAGGCCUACGCCCCUCAGGGCUGGAUUGCCUUCGUCAUGGAGUACAUUAAGAGCUGGUUCUGGGGUCCUGUGGUCACCCUUCAGGACUGUUUGGCUGCCUUCUUUGCACGAGACGAGCUGAAGGGGGAUAACAUGUACAGCUGUGAAAAGUGCAAGAAAUUACGAAACGGAGUGAAGUUCUGCAAAGUCCAGAGUUUGCCAGAGAUCUUGUGCAUUCACCUGAAGCGCUUCCGACACGAGCUGAUGUUCUCCACUAAGAUCAGCACUCACGUCUCCUUCCCACUGGACGGUCUGGACCUGCAGCCUUUCCUGGCCAAGGACAGCUCGGCCCAGAUCACCACCUACGACCUGUUGUCCGUCAUCUGCCACCAUGGCACGGCCAGCAGCGGCCACUACAUUGCCUACUGCCGGAAUGAUCUGAACCAGCUGUGGUAUGAAUUUGAUGACCAGAGCGUGACUGAGGUCUCGGAGUCCUGCGUUCAGAACGCUGAAGCCUACGUGCUCUUCUACAAGAAGAGCAACGAGGAUGCUCAGAAGGAGAGGCGGAGGGUGACGGCGCUGCUCAACAUGAUGGAGCCCAGCCUGUUGCAGUUCUACAUCUCGCGCCAGUGGCUCAACAAGUUCAGGACUUUCGCAGAGCCUGGUCCCAUCUCCAACCACGACUUCCUGUGUGCUCAUGGAGGUGUACCACCACAUAAGGCUGCAUACAUCGAUGAUCUUGUUUUAAUGCUCCCGCAAAACGUCUGGGACCACCUGUACAGCAAGUAUGGAGGAGGCCCUGCUGUUAACCACUUGUACGUCUGCCACACCUGUCAGACGGAGAUCGAGAAGCUGGAGAAGCGGCGGAAGAACGAGCUGGACAUGUUCGUCCGGCUGAAUAAGGCCUUCCAGGAGGAGGAGUCUCCGGUGGUUAUUUACUGCAUCAGCAUGCACUGGUUCAGAGAAUGGGAGGCUUUUGUCAAAGGCAAAGACAAUGAUCCGCCAGGACCAAUUGACAACUCUAAGAUCGCUGUGAAUAAGAACGGGCACAUCACCCUCAAGCAAGGUGCAGAUUCAGGCCAGAUAUCUGAGGAGACCUGGAACUUCCUCCACUCCAUCCACGGAGGCGGACCAGUGGUGACAGUGCGGCCCAGCGUCAGCCACCAGGAGGUGGACAGCUCCCAGGCCGAGGAGAAGAUCGAAAUGGAGACACGCAGUGUGUAGCAGCUUCAACCUGCUGCCCUUUUAACAGGGGACUGGAAAACAAUCUGUUAUUUUGCACUUGACUCUUUCUUUUCAUCUCUAAAGCAUUUGAGCAAAAGAUCUGACCAUGCCUUGUCUCCUCCCUCCUUCACACACACACCUCCUUCACACACACACCUCCACCACAGUCUCCAUUCCAUAUGUGAACCAUUCCCUGCUGCAGAGAAGUGGAAUAUGUCUCAGAAUAGGCUUCGUAUUUGUAUAUACAGCACUGUCUGUCCACAUUCUAUUGGCACUGGUGACUAGGUUAGGCUUUAGAGGAAUGGAUUGGUGAAAAAUCACAUUUGCACAUGUUCACACUUACCUUAGGUAAGGUAGUUGAUCGACCAAGGCAGCUGAGGUUCACAGACUUUGCUUCUUUAGUUUAGCGCUGGAGUUAUGAGGCUAACGAACACUGGAAGUCACUAGUCAUCCAAAUCAUCAUUACUGAUUGCUUUUGUUUUUUAAUAUUGUAUCCAUAUGUUGGUGAAUUGCUUAUUGUUGGCACUGAUGCAGUGUGCUCAAGCUUAACCCUUAUAAAAUAAAAUUAAAUUAAAUUAAAUAAAAUGGUUAGAGCUAGAGCUUGAAAGCUAUUGUUGAUACAAACAGUGAAUGUUAAUAGUUAUCCAAUUAGUUAUUACUGCAGAUACAGCCUGCACAUGUCUGAACUCACUUAAACCAUAUUAAUGUCAUCCUUAAAAUGGCACAGGCUUGUUAAUGUGGUUCAGGAUACAGUAUGACAUACUGUAAAUGAUAAACAUAUUAAUAACUAGCACGUAGCUAAAGCUAGGAGAAAUUCUACAUGCCCCACAACCUCACACAAUCCCACAGAUUAUGUUUGCUAUUUGUAUUACUAUUUAUAUACAUGUAAAGUAUUUUAAAAAGUUUAAAAUGGAAUUCAAAAGUAAUGGUUCUUUUAAAAAAAGGAACAACAGAAAUCACAAACGUUCAGUUUCACAGUGAGGUUUUGUUCAUAUUUAUAGUUCACUUUUUGUCUUAUUUCACCCUAAACAACAACACAGACAUGUCUACUCAGCAGUUUGCAGUUUGAGUGAUUUUUGGAUGACUUGGCUUUUAGUGUAAGCUAAAGAAGCAAAACUGCUAAAUGUCUUGGUUGAUCCACAUCAACCAUCAUUCCACAAAGUGGAAAAUGUAAAAUUUUACACCAAACCGUUUCUUUAAAGGAGCGACAAGUGAAACUUUCCUCAGACACGUAUAGAAAAUGUGUGUAAGCUAGAAUAUCGCUGGAAAUAUGCAUUCCUUUCCUACUUUUUCAAUGAAAAGCACUAAUCUUUCCUCUGUACAAAAAAAAAGACCCACGGGUUCAGCCAGUAGGCUAGCGAAAAUAUCGCUUAUCGCUCCUUUGAGGUAGAUCCUUGAAAAGGCGCCUUUUGGGAGCAAAACAAAUGUACCGUUUUUUGUGACCAAAUAGAGAAUAAUCUGUGAGUUGCUUAGCUGAACUUGGUGAAGAAUUAAAAUGCGUAGUACUGUACUCGUUGUCCGGUUUUAAAAGGAAAAUGUCCGUCCUAGGGAGCGGACGUUUCACUGCUCCGCCUGAGAUUGUGAAGGGAUCCGAAGCGCUAAAUAGUCUCAGGAAAGGACUGUGUAAUUUUUUUUUUCUGUUUUGCACUGUUUCCGUAGGCCUCCAGCUCUGCAUGCUCCAAUACUGAUGUCCGAUUUCUAUCUGAAUGUACUCGUACUUAAUGAACACAGAGUUUCUUGCAUUCUAUGUUAUUUAUUCCAGAAGGGGUAACGUGAUUUACUAUAAUGUUUAUACUUUUUUUUUUCUUUUUCUUUUUUUUCUUUUUUUAUUCAGCGAGCCAAACCUGAUAUGAAAUGCAUGCUGGAACGAAAGAUAUGAUCUGUAGGCUGAAACUCCACUUGACUUGCAUGUAGAUGCAGAGCUGCUCUAGAAGAACAAGGCACACAUUUAAUUGUAUGUAUAAAAUAAAGAAAAAUAGACAUGAAUCUACUACAACUGAUUAAAGAUUGAGGCAUUAAUUUAUGUAUAUAAUGGCAUGAUUUAUUUUUUCUUUUUAUUAUUUUUUUGAUGCUCAUUGACUGGAAUAGAGGACUGACAUAUCUGUCAUUUAUGAAAGCUGUAUGGGAAGAAUGAGUCCUACGUCUGUCACUUUUUGUUUUGGUUGGCCGAAACAAAUUAAACCCAAAAUUAUUCAGUGAA